CCCUUAGCAUGAAAAAAAUUGUGAAGCAUACACACAUAUCAACAAACUGCAAAGCAUCAAAAAAACAAGAAAGAUGAGUCAAGGACAACCUCAAAGGCCUGAAACAGAGCAUCAGCAAGAGCCCAUAAAAUUCGGAGAUGUUUUUAAUGUAACAGGGGAGUUAGCUGAUCAGCCAAUUGCACCACAAGAUGCAGCCAUGAUGCAGAGUGCUGAGAGCAUGGUGUUUGGUCAGACCCAAAAGGGUGGUCCUGCUUCUGUCAUGCAGGCUGCUGCUACCAAAAACGAAAGAACUGGGCUUGUUAGUCAUGAGGCUUCCACUCAGGUUGCUGGUGAUGAAGGUGUUACUGUAGCUGAAACCAAAGUACCUGGUAGACGUAUAAUUACAGAAUCAGUUGCUGGACAGGUAUUGGGGCAAUAUGUUGAGGCUGUUCCAGUAAUAGCAGCAGCAGUAGGAGGAAUAGAUGUGGAGGAAGCGCCCAUAACAAUAGGAGAAGCUCUGGCAGCAACAGCCCACACAGCAGGGGAGAAACCGGUGGAGCAGAGCGAUGCAGCCGCUAUACAAGCGGCUGAAGUCAGAGCCACCGGUUCUAGCGUUAUUAUCCCCGGAGGAUUAGCGGCCACAGCUCAGUCAGCAGCCUCAGGUAAUGAGGUGUUGGCUCAGGAUGUGGAUAAAAUCAAACUUAAUGAUGUCUUGACUGGUGCCACGGCUAAAUUACCGGCUGAUAAGGCAGCGACGAGGCAAGACGCAGAAGGGGUUAUGGAAGCAGAGCUUCGGAAUAAUCCGAGCCUCACAACUUAUCCUGGUGGAGUAGCUGCGUCUGUGGCUGCUGCUGCAAGGUUGAAUGAAAGUAGUUCUUAAUUGAGCUAGGCUCAUGUAUGUAUAAUAUUAAUAUUAAUAUCACUUUGUAAAGUUAGCCAGACGUUGUUCUUCCUCUUGUUUUUGCCCUUUGUAAUUAGUUGUUAGGCUGUGUAAAAGUUUCCUACUUUGUUAAAUUAUGUUAGCUCCGUUAGCUGCGUAAAUAUAUGUAUAUAUCUCCAAUCCGAAAUGGAUCGUCUUUUUUGG